AUGGCGAUCUACAAGCGAAAGAUUACCGUCUCUGACGAUACGGUGACGAGCGCCCACCAGCUGACCCUUAAGCAAUCGCUGGUCCCCAAUGGCCUUGUCACCAUCCUCUUCUUCCUCUGGGGUUUUGCGUAUGGUCUUCUCGACGUCCUGAACUCCCACUUCCAGAAGUCACUGAACAUCUCGAACUCUAUGGCUGCGGGCCUGUCGGCCGCCUACUUCGGUGCUUACUUCGUUUGCCCGCCUACGAUCUCGGGCUACAUUCUUAGGAGAUUUGGGUUCCGAGUUACAUUCAUGACGGGCUUGGCCGUCCUCGCUGUGGGAUGCCUGCUGUUUUGGCCCUCGGGCAUCAAGAAGUCGUUCGGAGGCUUCUGCGGGAGCAUGUUCGUCGUCGGCAUGGGAUUGUCUACUCUAGAAACCGCUGCUGAUCCCUUUCUCGCCAUUUGUGGACCACCUAAGUACAGUGAGAUUAGACUGAACCUCGCGCAGGCCAUCCAGGGCGUCGGAUCGUUCGUUGCACCCAUCCUGGCGUCUCGCGUUUUCUUCUCGAGCACCGUCGACACCGACCAGGGCCUGGCCAACGUGCAGUGGGUCUAUCUCGGCGUCGCAGGAUUUGUUGCUUUGCUCAUUGUCCUGUUCUUCCUGGCUCCGAUGCCCGAGAUCACCGAUGCGGACAUGAAUCUGCAGGAGAACGAGAUCGGCGAGUUCGACCCGGGCCCGCUGCGGAAGCAGUACAACCUGUUCCUGGCCGUCUGGUCGCAGUUCUGCUACGUCGGAGCUCAGGUUGCCGUGGCAAACUACUUUAUCCAGUUCUGUGUUCAGGCUGGCCGCUCCUCCGAACAAGCAUCCGACCUCCUUGCCGUGGGCCAGGGACUCUAUGCACUGAACAGAUUUAUCGCCGGUUUCUUGAUGAUGAGCCCUGUUUUCAAACCUCGAUACAUCCUUGCUCUGUACCUUGGGCUGUGCUUCGUCUUCAUCAUCCCGGCAAUGACGACGACGGGCACAGCCUCCAUUGCCUGCCUGAUUCUUGUCUUGUGCUUCGAGUCCGCCUGUUUUGCCACCAUCUUCACACUCGGUCUCCGAGGUCUGGGUCGACACACAAAGCGUGGCGGCAGUUUCCUAGUCUCGGCCAUCAGCGGCGGCAUGGUGUUUCCCGCCAUGACUGGUGCGGUGGUCGACAGAUCUGGCGCCCACAUGGCAAUGACUAUCCCCAUGAUGGGCUACGUUUUGGCCUGGAUAUACCCUCUCUAUGUCAACGUUUGGAACCGCGAGACCAUGGAUGUUCAUCGCGCAACCAAUCUCGGCGUCACACCUGUCGGGGACAAGGCGUUGCAGCUAGAGGAGCAGGUCUCACACGCAGAGAACCAACCGCACACCACAUCUGAUGGCAUUUCGGCGGCUAAAUAG